AUGGGCUGGUCUAUAGAAGAAGUGUCCAAGCACAGAGAUUCAAGGUCCUGCUGGAUCGUUAUCAGGAAUGAAGUUUAUGAUGUAACCGAGUUCCUUUCGAAGCAUCCCGGAGGUCCUAGUAUUAUUUUGAAGUAUGCUGGUCGGGAUGCGACUUCCGCAUACGAGCCUAUACAUCCUUCAGAUGCAAUUCAGCAAUAUUUGUCUUCUGCGCAGCGUCUAGGCCCUCUCAAUAGUACGGACAUUCAGGACCUUGAAGCUCAAGAGAGGAAACGGGAGCGAACAGAAGACGAGAUCAAGGUUGAGCAAGCGAUGAAACAAAGGCCUCCCUUGAAUCGUCUGUUGAACCUGGCUGAUAUCGAGGAUGUUGCUCGCAAAGUACUUCCGCAUAGCGCGCUAGCGUUCUUCUCAGCAGGAGCAGAGGAUGAAUUGAGUGAGAACCUGGAAAACGCUAGGGCCUUCGACAGGUUUUUCUUCCAUGGUCGUGUGAUGCGGCCAGUCUCGAAAUGUGACCCUUCGACCAAGAUCCUAGGUUUUCAUUCUUCUCUCCCUGUGUUCGUGUCCGGCGCGUCAACAGCCAAGCUCGGCCACCCAUUAGGCCGUUUAUGGUCAGGUGAACUCAAUAUCACCCGAGGUUGUGGAACUGCCAACAUCAUCCAAAUGGUGUGCACCUAUGCUUCCAUCUCAAGGGCAGAGAUUGCUGCUGCCGCUCUGCCAUCGCAGACGUUAUUUUUCCAGCUAUACAAGAGCACAGAUCUAGCAGUCGCAACAAACCUUGUCCAGGAAGCAGAACAAUUGGGAUUCAAGGCUAUCUUUCUGACCGUGGAUGCGAUAGUAAUUACUACCAGAGAGAGGGACGUAAGGAGCCCGUGGGUGUUGGAAGCUCAGACUGGCAACAUUCAAUAUUAUUCGGAGGGUGAUCCUGAUGGAGCAACGAAUCUACUUGGGACCAGCUCCUUGCAUGUCGAUCGUAAUAAUGUCCUCGAUGCAGAUAUGAGUUGGCAAAUAACUAUCCCUUGGCUUCGGAGCAUAACCAAAUUGCCUAUCGUUCUGAAAGGUAUCCAGUGUGUCGAAGAUGCGGUUUUGGCUGCGGAAAUGGGCGUAGAAGGCAUACUUUUGUCCAACCACGGGGAAAUCAAUAGCUCCUUGCCUCCUCUUGAGGUGCUUUACAAGAUACACAAACAAAGACCUGAUGUAUUUGAGAAGCUGGAAGGCGGGAUACGGCGGGGAACAGAUGUCAUUAAAGCUAUCUGUUUGGGAGCCAAGGCGGUUGGACUAGGUCGACCGUUCCUUUAUGCUUUGAGUGCUUAUGGUGAAGUGGGCGUUUCCAAAAUGCUAAGCAUCCUCGAACGAGAAAUUAUGACCUCGAUGCGAUUACUUGGGGCUGCCAGCAUUGAUGACCUGACUCCAGAACUGAUCGAACGAGUAGACUGGGAGCCAGUGAACCGACAAUCCAAACUCUGACUCGAAGUUCGGCGGGUCAUUCAAGUUGAAAAAGGGUUUAUAUUCCUACGUAGUACGAGGCUCUGUACUGUGGGCAGACUCUAAUUACUCCUUGAAGUGGGUUUUACUUGAUCUGUUAUUCGGUACCAGUGUGGUACAGUCGAGUAAAUACAUGUACAUACCUCGUUCAACGUGACUUACAU